CUCAGAGGUUCUGCUGAGGUCAGUACAGAGGCUAUGGGAUCGUGCCAGCUCUUUCUUCAACUGACCUAACGGCUCUAGACUGUGGGAAAAGUUGGACACAAAGGCCUGAUGUGAUUUGUGUGUGAUUCCAUGCUGCUUAAUGCCUUUGUUGGCAUCUAAUGGAAGAAAAAGCAUCGAUCAGGUCCACCAUGGUAUCUAGACUGCCCAAGUUUGGUGGACGCUCAUCGACUAACGGUGCUAAUCCCUUAUCCAAUGGUUCUACCCAGCCAACAACCCCUACCCAGUAUGGUAAGAGCGCUCCCCCAGCAACACAGCCAAACAGUCUGAUCCGUGCCUCUUCUUUUUCCUUGAAAUGGAAGAGAGACGAUGCGCUGUCCAUCCACAGCUCCACCAGUUCUGGGGACGGAGAUGAAGACAAGACUCCGAUACAGCGUCCCUCGCUAGCAAAAGAUUUAAAGAGCGGGCCUCCGGGGACACCCAAGAUUCGAAGAUCAGGUACUUUGGUGGCAGCUGUAUCCAGCCCCAAGGCAAUUCCCAAGCAAUCCUCUAAGAUGAGUCCGAAAGUAGGAACCAAGUUAGGCCAAAGCCCAAUAAACGGAGGUCUUAAAAAUGGUCACACUGGCUCCAGCAUUCCAGGGUCCGAUUCUCGCCUUGUGCGGCCUAGGUUAGGCUCUAGCACUCCCAGAAGCAGCUCUCAAGACAGCCUGUCCAAGUCCAGUGAAAGCCUUAAGACCUUGGCACUGGACAACAUGGUGCGUUCAAAUAGCUUCACUCACUUCAAGCAGAUUCCCUCUCCUACAACCCAAUCAAUGACACGGUCCUUCUCCUUUAACCGAGCUGUGGAGCUAGCCAAGCCUCUGGCCAACACUCAGCUCCGGCCUCCUCGCAGUACUUUCCUCAAACCCCCUCAGCUGAGCAAUGGGAGAGUUGGUUUAGGACUUGGAGGGCUGAAUGGUAGCCUGGGAGUUUCAGGGAGUCUAGAUGGAGGGCUUCAGCACAGCAGAACCUCUCCCGCUGCCUCCUCUCUGCCUACCUUGUCUAUCCCCUCAGCACCCAAUACUCCCAGUGCUCUGAAGAAGCCUCUGUUCCCCAGUUGUGUGCUGACCAAGUCACUGGGCAGCAGCAUUGGGGCUCUGGGCUUCAAGCUGGCUCGAUCUGGGCAGGCCAAGCAACAUAAGCCUCUUUUUCAAGGUAAAGUCAAGGGGGAUAUCAGAACUUCAGUUUCCCCUGAGUGUGAAGAGUCAUUGGGCAUACAGCCCCAUGGUGAGGCUGAAAGAGCAGACUCUCACAGUGACAGUGAUGGAAGCUCUGGAGAUGGACGGGCCAACGGAGCAGGAAAUGGUGUGGUCAUGCAAAGAUCAUGCCAGGCUGCAGUGGAGACUCUGGAGGACAUGUCCUUAUCUUCCGCCUCAUCUCUAGACAGAGGGGACACCAGUGAAGACUUUCUAGAUGACUUUGAGAGUAUUGGAGAUGUGCUCAGUGAUGGGGACAUGCCUGACAACAGGACAGCUGACACCACUACCCAAACCCGUCUACACAGCUUUCUCAAUGAGACCAUCGACUGGGACAGUAUAGAUCUGGAAGGACACAAAGAAGAAAGCCCUAUGGAGGACUCCCAGGGACCACUAGUGUUGUCUCCAGAGCAAGGUGAUGUCCCCCAGGCUUCAUCCGUUGAGCUGUCACCGUCCAACAGCUCUGGUGGAACUUACAUGUGGGACGAGGAGGGUCUUGAGCCUCUUGGGGGACCUGGGAAUCAUCCAUUAGACAGCUAUGAUAAUUCAGAGCUCAACAGCAUGGAUAUCCUGAACAACCUGGACCCUCGGGGAACUGGAGAGCUGGAUGAUAACGACCUCAUGCUUGAUGUGGACCUGCCAGAGGAUGGCUUGCAUGACGUCGGCAGGAUGUCUCACAUGGAGCGCUCAGAGAGGGCCGGUCGGCAGGGGCAGCGGCGGAAGCACCACCGCUGGAGUGGACCGGAUCACUUCCACAGUGACAGCAGGGCCCACGUCUUCCAGCACUAUGAUGGACUCAAGUCCUCCAGGAUCUCCUCAAGGCCCCCCCACUCGGAAGGCAGGCAGCGUGGCUACAUGGCGAUGCUGGAUGAGGUCACAGUCGAUCACAUGACUCAAGAUUGCAGCUCGCUGAAGAACCAGCUGCUCAGGCUCAAAACCAUGUUACAGCUUGAGGAUACAGAUUCUCCAGCAGAUGCACCUGAGGAGAUUGAAGACAAUACCACUGCAUCACAGUUGGUGGAGCUGAUAUCUGAAGUGCAGGUGCUCAGAGAGGAGCUGAGGAGCAGAGACAAGACCAUCGCUCAGCUCACGUUGCAGUGUCACCAGCUGCAGCAGCAACAACUGCGGGAACAAAUGGCUGCUCAAGGACGUCAGGCCAGGUGUCAGUGCCACCUCCAGAGGGCUCCUGCCUCGGUACGACAAAGCGACCGGCAGACGGACAAACGGACGCAGCAUCACUACGACAAGGCCACCCAGACCUACUGGAGACCCCCCAGCCACACUCCUCAAAUACUACAGCCUUUCAACCACUGCCUCAACGAGCACCUCCACCAGGGAAGAAUAGUAAAAACUCCCCCCACCGAGGGCCACAGUGAUCUCACCAGGAGUAGAUCAGUGGAAGGAACCCGUAUCGAUGCUGAUCGUCGCCUUGAAGGUCUUCUGGCAGAUGUGACUCGCCCCGCAUUCCCCGACGAGCUCCUCAGCAACCACCUACACUUCCCGGGCUCUGGGGCUCCGCGAGGGGUAACUGCUAGAGACAGUCCAACAUCAGCAGCUCCGUCUUCUGGGCAGCAUGAGGGAAGAGCCCCCGCUGUGAUGCUGCAGGACUCCGUCGCUCCUAGAUCUGCUGGUCCUGCUUACCCUCGCCUGCUGCAGCCUCCUCGUCUUCACAAGCGCGUGUCUCUCCCUGCACUCAAGCCAGGGGGCGCUGGUGUCUUUGCCUCUCCGAAGCCAGGGUCUUUCUUGGGGCCUCUGGCUAACCGAACCAAGCAACUGCCCCCUCCGUCUAGAGGCCUUCCCUGCUUUAGCGCUGGACCCCAGGUGCCGGCUCCAAGUCUCCGUCGAGCUUCACUGCUUCAGCCUCGCAGAGCCUCGGCCCCUUGCAGGGAUCUGCGGAUCAGCGACUCCCCCCUGGAGGAGCCUGACCAGGGGACGCUCAAAGACCCCGGGUCAGGUAAGAUCCUGAUCUCUUUGAGCCGAUCAUGCCUACCCAAGCCAAAGAUUCCCUGAGGAGCUAAAUCCACCCAUCAAAAGCUGAAACUGGAAUCAAUCUGACAUCGGUAUUCAUGCCCUUCUUCCCCUCGCCCUGGUCACAGUGAGAUUGUUUCACCUCUUGAGUGUCGAAGGAGCAAACACUGACCGAGCCGAUGAACCCAUAUGGACCAUUCAUGGACUGCGUGUGCCGGUGACAUUGGUACCGUGAUUACUGUACAGUACCAUUUCUAAAUGAGCUGUCACAUCUCCAGCCUGAUCUAUAGAAAUGUAGUUUGUAGCAGGAUUGAAUCUCCACGACAAUCGUCAGUCCUAUCUGGCAGUUUUCAGGAAGAAGAAAAGUCCAGUUUACUAGUUUUGCACAUGCUCAUGAAUGCUGCUUAUGCAAAAACGAAAAAGAGUAUUAUCAUUCAGAGGGAGUCAGCCUUUAUUUUGUUUUGUUUUAUAAAACCCGCUGGCUAUUACCACAUUUUAAAGUCUAAGUUCACUUGUCCACACACAGCUGUGGCCUCUGACACACAGGAGCGUUCGGUUUCCAAGCACCGAGGUGACAUGGACGCGACCUUUGCCGUGUAAUGGAAGGCCCGGGGGGAAGAUGGAGGCGGGAAAAAAAACAAGAAGCGAGAAAGAAAGAAGAGAAAGGACAAAAGUACAAUAACAGUGGAAGUGAAAUAAGGUGCCAGAGACUGAAAAGAAAAUGUGUCGAAGCUCCCUCAAGCCGUCGCUGCAAAAAUGGAAAUGUGUUUGUGCAAAUAUGAGUGUGAGAGAUGAGAAAGAGGAGGGAAGAUCCACACUGCAGCUGCAUGUAUGUUUCUGUUCAGCUGAACUUCAACUUCACAUAUGAGCAAAGGGGUUGAAGGACCUUCUGUGUAAAUGCAACUCAGAGGGAAAACAUGGUCCUAUAAAAAAAAAUCAAUAUCACACUGGUGGCCGUGAUAUAUUUUCGGAGAGCGACAGUACACAAGUGAGGAGCUGGCUUUCAUAAUGCAGAAAAGAGCAGGUAGUGAAACACUCACACACUUAAAGUGAGCUCAGGUACAUAUAGGCUCACGCAGUCACACACGAUGUGCUCACACUCCAAAGCGUGUGUUAUUUUGCUUUGUGCAUUUUUUUAGAUGGAACAGAGUGAGAGUAGCAGGAAGCUUGAUGAAAGAGCGGGCAGCGUGCAAACCAGCUCGUAGAUCCUCCCGGGUAUUUAAGUGCUUUAGUGGACAAUCGCAACAGGAAAACAAAUCUGCGGGGGCGAUGUGAGGAAACGUCCACUUGUUUCCAGUCAAAACAAAUUUGUUCUGAAAGUGCCGAGAACUUUUAGAGUUUUAGGACGUCACGAUUUGAUGCCAUAACAUUUUGAAAAGUCGAGGGAAAAUUACCUAAUUGAUGUUUUUACAAGAACACUUUUUUUCUGAGUCAAUUAAAUAACUAAUCUUUGAACUAUCUCCUUUAAAGACUCACACAUGGAAACAUCGGCUAACGGGAACUCAUUAGAUUUGUGAAGCUGCUGCCUGGUGUGUGCAAGUGCGUGUGUGUCUGUGUGUGUGAGCUGAUGUCGCUUCCCCCCCCCCCCCUUCCCCUGUCUCUCUCCUCCUCUCGCUCUCCUGCACAUCUCUUUGGGAACAUCAAACGUAUUAGUGGGUUAUUUUUAGGUAGGGAGCCUUCGGGGCUUUACAGGUGUUUCUCUGGGAGUUUUGUAGAAUGGAGUUUAUCUCUCCUUGGCGGAAACCGCUCUGCAGUCAAACGCUCCCGAGAUGUCCCCUAUCGGAGAGCAGCAGUGUGUUAAAAAGGCCUUCUGACAGCAGCUCUGCUCUCUUCUCUGUCACGCCGCGUGACCGCUUGGUGUACGCCCCUGGCACUGUCCGGUCUACUGCGUCCGAUAAUGCACCCUACAUAGACAGAGAGAGAGAGAGAGAGAGAGAGGGACACACACACACACGCAUCACACCGAACACAUCCGGACACGCACACGUAAACGAAGUCUGGCAAAACUCAAAGAGACACAAACUCGGAGCAAGCACACACAUCAGUUCACACUUCACACACACUCAGUAACACACACACACACACACACACACACUUUGAAUGCUGCACCAACGGGCAUGGAAGUGUGUAAGUGUUGUUUUGGUAGCUCUCACAACAUGAGCUUUUUGCGAGUCCACAUUGAUUCCCCCCCCCCCCCCCAAAAAAAGAAUCUUACUCUAGAUUACCCUGGAAAUAGGGAGAGGCUUUUGUGUGAGAGUGUUUGUUGAAUGUGCCUGUUUGUUUCCGCCUGUGGAUCCAUGCGGCUGAUAAAAAACAUGUUUACCUGUCGUGUGGUUCAACAUUGUGCCAAAGCAUUCAGGCAGUCUGCACGGCUCCGGGAAGCCAAUACAAAGAAAACAAAUAAAAAAACACAACACCCUAAUUUGUUUUAAUGAAACAGAUACGGAGACGGAAAGAUACAGUGAGAGGAUGAGGAAGAAGACGCACAGAGAGAGACAAUAAGACGGAGCGGCAGGAGAGGGACGAGAUUAAGAGAUGCCGUGAUAAACUGGUGAGGGCGGCUAUGAUCAAGAUAAACAGGUGCUGGCAGUAGUUGUGACUGUUAGUCUAUAAAAUCUUGUGAAUGUGUGUAUAAGAGAGGAAGGGUGGGGGGGGUGGAAUACAUAGCAUAGUUUGUUUGUGUGCACUCUUGUCCAGAGAGAAGCCCAAUCGGCUCAGCUGUGUCACUCACUGCUUAGUAAUGCCAAACAGGAAAUCAAUGUUGCCUGCUGUGUGUGUGUGUGUGUCUGUAUGUGCGUCUCCAGACACCCCUGGCUGCCAGUGUUUAAUUCUUGGACGUUCGUGUGUGUGUUGUUUGUUGUGUGUGAGACAGAGAGAGAGAUGUGGUUGCCCACAGGCCAAAGGCAGGCCAAUGCCAGGGAAAGCAGUGCAGUGCCAUCUUUCUAUCCCAGUGCUAUACCCCC